AUGGCAGACGCAGAAGACGAGGCUUCUCUUCAAAAAGUGCGGCGUUCUACGCGUACCAAUACACGUACAACCGUCAAAAAUGAUUCAAAACUUACAAAAAGCAAAUCUGAAACAAAGACCGUUAAUAAAAGCAAAAGCUCUAAAAGAAAAUGGGCAGAAUUAGAUUCGGAGGGCGAUAGCAAGCCUUCUCAAACGUUCCAAACAAAUGGCAAAAAGACUACCCGUAAUAAAAAAAAAGUUGUUGAGAUGGAUGAUGUAAAGACUGAAAAAGAGGACGAUGUUGAGAUGAAUGAUAUAAAGGUAGAAAAAGAAGACGUUGAUGAAAUUCCUAUUGCCCAACGACGCAGAAAAUUAAAGGAUUCCAAAGGAAAGGCAAAGAAAACUGAAGAGGCAAUGCCUCUCGCUCAACGUAAGAAAAAUCAAAAGACACCAGUCAAAGAAAAUGACACUAAACGUAAACGUCAGAUUGAGUCGGAGUCUUCAUCAGAUUCUGAAUUAGAUACCAUAUCAAAGACAAAUGGAAACAAAUCUUCAUCCUCAAAAGUUAAGCCUCAAUCUAAAAGGAAAAAACAAGUCAAACAGUCCGAAGAGUCCGAAGCUUCUGAAGAAAAGAAACCUGUUCGCCAUAAUGGUAAAAAGGCACCUGCCAAAUCGAAAACAUCUAAAGCCAGCGCAGGAAAGGCUCCUUCCAAAAAGGGAAAACAAAAAGUACCGGAAUCAUCUCCAGAUGAUCAAAGUGAAGAAGAGGACGAAGAAUACAAAUGGUGGAAAGAAAAUGCUCAAGGAGAUGGUACGGUGAAAUGGCAAACUUUGGAGCAUAACGGAGUUCUAUUUCCACCGGAAUAUGUCCCACAUGGUGUUAAAAUGAAGUUCAAAGGCGAAGAAGUUUAUUUGGAACCAGAAGCUGAGGAAGUGGCAAGCUUUUAUGCUGCUAUGUUAAAUUCAGAGCAUGUACAAAACGAAACUUUUUGCAGAAAUUUCUUUGCUGAUUGGGUUAUGAUUCUUAAAAAAUCGAAUAAUAAUCCUCCCAUUCAAAAAGUUGGAAAUUUCCGUAUCGAACCACCAGGUUUGUUUAGAGGACGCGGUAAACACCCAAAAACAGGCAAACUCAAACUGCGUGUAGCUCCCGAAUCAGUCACGAUUAAUAUCGGAAAGGACGCUAAAAUACCUGAUCCACCUUCAGGACAUGCAUGGGGAAACGUCAUUCAUGACAACACCGUUACUUGGCUUGCGACAUGGAAAGAAAAUGUUAAUGAUUCAAUAAAAUACGUUUUUCUUGCUGCGAAUAGUUCACUUAAAGGACAAAGCGAUCUCAAGAAAUUUGAAAAGUCUCGUGAGCUCAAGCAACACGUUGCUCGAAUCCGAUCAGAGUACACUCGCGAUUUAAAGGAUAAACUUAUGGAAACUCGACAACGUGCCACAGCCAUGUACCUGAUCGAUCGUUUUGCUCUUCGAGCGGGAAACGAAAAAGAUGAAAAAAAUGAAGCCGAUACUGUUGGCUGCUGCUCGCUUAGACUUGAACACGUGACACUUAAUCCACCGAAACAAGUUAUUUUUGACUUUCUUGGAAAAGAUUCUAUCCGCUAUUAUAAUGAUGUGGAAGUAGACGAACAAGUCUGGAAGAAUUUGAAUAUUUUUAAAAGGAAACCCAAGACAGAUUCGGAUUUGUUAUUUGAUCGAUUGAAUACUACUCUCCUUAAUAAAUAUUUGUCAAAACAAAUGGCCGGUCUUACUGCCAAAGUAUUUCGUACUUACAAUGCUUCUCAUACAUUCCAAGAACAAUUGCAAAAAGGAAUGGAGGAGCUUGAAGAAGAAUGCAAAGGCAAAGAAAUGACCAUACACGAAAAAAUAUUCAAGUAUAAUAAAGCAAAUCGCGAAGUCGCUGUAUUGUGUAACCAUCAACGUACAGUGAGCAAAGCUCACGAGAAUCAAAUGACAAAGAUUGUUGAUAAGAUACGGGCAUUUAAAUACCAGCGAAUGAAGCUCAAAAAAAUGUUGUUUACUUUAAAUCCUAAAUUAAAGAAGCGUGCAGAAUACGCCGAAGAAGAAAGCGACAUGGAUGAAGAGUGGAUUAUACGACAUGAAAAACUUCUGAUGGAAAAAGAACGUGAGAAAGCGCGGUCAAAAUUCGAAAAAGAUAAUGAGAAACUUGUUGCUGAGAACCAAAAACCAAAAACUGAAAAAGAACUCAAUACAAUAUUACAAGAAAUCGAUGAAAGGGAAAAAGAGCUCGUCGAGGAGCGUAAAAGCAAAAAAAUCGAAGUAAAGAAAGGAACGACUGUCGAGAAACUUAAAGAUCAAAUUAGCAAAAUAAAUGAAAAGAUCGAUGCGACAAAGCUCUCGUUAAAAGACAAAGAUGAAAAUAAGCAAACUGCUUUGGGCACGUCAAAAACUAACUACAUUGAUCCACGCAUCUCCGCUGCUUGGUGCUAUAAAUAUGGAGUUCCUAUCGAAAAAAUUUUUAACAGAAGUUUACGAGAAAAAUUCAAGUGGUCUCUCGAGGUUGACGCUGAUUGGGCAUUAACACAAUGGUUAAUUUUCGAAUUGUAG